CACGCUAUCUGCUGCGACCUGCUAAGUGUUUACUCAAACAUUUAACCAGAACAGUUUCAUUUUUCAACGUUGCUGUUAGUCUUUUACGAGGUUAAUGAGAUGUUUUAACUGUCCAUUUUCAGCUUUUUAAUUGCCUCCUUAGACCACGGAAAAUUCUGGAGGUUGAUCAUGGCAUACCAACAAGGUCAACAAUACCUGUGACAUCUGCAACCAUCCUGACAACUGCAACCACUGCAACAGAUACAAAAACAACAGGAGCUCCAUCAGGAACACGUCUGCGCACGUUUCGCCUAUUAGGACUGGACUAAAAGAAAAAACUUGAGAUACCUACACGACGUUCUUGAUCUGCUGCUAUAAAAUGUCAUGUAGAUAAGGGUAACCACACAAUGUGGCAUCAAAUUUUGAUAAUACAGAAUCUGACGUCACUAGUUUAGUAUUACGAAAUUUUUAACAUUAAGGCAGCUCCACAGCAUAUGACGUCAUCAUUAGCAGUAUAUGGGCUGACAUCGCCUAUACUUGUACCGUGAAACACCUGACAUCACAAAAGCAUAAACACUGAGCAGCUAACAUAACCUGCAAUAGUACUUCGUAAUAUCGGCUGCACUAGGGCCAUGACCCUGACAUCCAAAGCAGUAAUUACAUAGAGCACCUGACAUCUUCAGAAUUACCAGCUAAUAUCACCUGCAGUAGAACCAUGGAUGCCCUGAUAUCACCAGCAGCGGUAUCACGAGGCCCCUGAUAUCAGGAUGCUAGAGGUCGGAGGCGAGGAAUGCGCAGGACCCCGACAUCUCGCCGUAAAAAUCAGUCCCGUCAGGAGGCUAUGCAGAGCGGAGGGAGUCGAGCAGCAGCCAGAUGAAAACGAGGGUGUGACAGCGUGUCCUCAGGUCCUGCGGCAACUGUGUGCCCAGCUUCGAACUCCCGGAAGGAGUGGUCGUGGCGGGCGUGGACCUACUCUCUCCCUGGCCGCCCUCAGAAGCCGGCUGGCGUCACGGCCGUACUGGCUGCGGUGCCUGUGCUCACAGCAGGAAGUGCCGUCCAUCACAGAGCGAGAACUUGUGCCACUGCUGUCUCUCACCCCAGCACACCGCUUCAUUGUCCUCGUCGUUACCAACUCCAGCCAAAGCCAAGGUUCGGUGGUGGUAGGGGGAGAGUCGCUGAUCAAGGCGGUGUACGUGGCCCAGAACCUGCCAGCUCUACGUCCGUGUCUUCAGAGCCCCAGUGAGCCCUCCUUGGCCUUCAUCAAGUACGAUUUGGCUAAGUCUAAGGGCAAGCGGAAGGAGAGGAAGGGAGCUCAGCCCACUCUCCUCAACGGCGGACAAGUCAAGAUGGGCAUGGUCUUGAUUUAUAAAAAGACGCAGAUGUUGUAUGCAGGCUUUCCCCUUGCUAGCUACGGCUGUAUGAAGCAGGACUUCUUGAACUUCAUAUCAGUAUAUGCUAAGCAUGACUUCCACCUGAGGGCAUCCCCGCUGGAGCCCAGGGAUAACUCAUCGGAUGACCCCCAAGAGAUUCCUGAAGAAACCUAAUAGGGUAUCCCUCGAAUGAGGGUACUUAUAGUUCACGAAACCUUUAGUUGUCAGAGCUGUUUUCUUCAAAUAUAUUUUGGGUGUUUCCAUGUGAUAACUUUUUAUGUUCACUGGGAAAUGUGGCAUACGCCAAGUUUGUCAUGUUCAACAUGCAUCACACAUGACAUCAGUUCUGCAUAUCAUCAAAAACCAGCUUAAAGCAUGGCAACUUACUCUGUGAAUGAAGACCAUAGUUGCAUACCGGUAACUACCAAUUGUACAGUAAGUUGGCCAGUCUGGUGAGGAGGGGGGCCCCAGUGUAGACUACCUUGUGACCGGGGCUGCCCUGGACCUCCAGUUCCUCACUUGCUUUCAGAUGGUUAACACAGAGUUCUAUCCUUUGUGUACGGGUAUAAGUUGUAGCUCAUGAGAGUAUUCUUAUUUAUGUUCUCGUCAAAUGUACUCACAGCAUGUUAUUAGUGAAAUGUAAAUUACAUUAGUGGUGAAAAUAUAUGGGUACUCAAAAGCAAACAUCUAGUAUAUACUUUAUU